AUGGACAUACUCGAGAGAAUUCGCGGAGGCGGCGACAAGCCGGCCGCGAUGGAGACGCCCCGGAGGCCGGAGUCGUGGGUGGAGAUUUCAGAGUCCGUCUCGCGGCUCUGCAGCUUCGACGCCGGCGGGGGCGGGGCCGUAUCUGUAAAACUUAUCCAGGAUGACAGGAUGGCACAUGAUAAGUUGGUUGAUUCUUUCUUGAACAAGUUUUUUCCAUCUGGUUAUCCAUACAGUGUGAAUGAGGGUUACCUAACAUAUACCAAAUUCCGAGCACUCCAGCAUUUUUCUAGUGCUAUGCUGCAUGUGCUAUCGACCCAGCAGUCUUUAUUAUUUGCUGCAGGUCUACGACCUACCCCUGCGCAAGCAACGGCUGUAAGUUGGAUUCUAAAAGAUGGAAUGCAGCACGCAGGAAAACUCAUCUGUAGCGGCAUGGGGGCAAGAAUGGAUUCAGAGCCAAAGAGUUGGAGGAUAUUUGCUGAUGUUCUCUAUGAUUUUGGUACUGCCUUGGACUUCAUUUCACCACUGUGUCCGCAACUUUUUCUUGAAGUGGCAGGCUUGGGAAAUUUUGCGAAGGGAAUGGCUGUGGUUGCUGCCAGAGCGACAAGGCUACCAAUAUAUUCAUCUUUUGCGAAAGAAGGCAACCUUAGUGACUUGUUUGCUAAAGGGGAAGCCAUCUCGACACUUUUCAAUGUUAUGGGGAUAGGAGCUGGCAUUGGAUUAUCAUCUACAGUAUGUCUAACGACUCAAGGAAAGCUAAUCAUAGGCCCAUUGCUUUCUGCUGUGCAUAUAUGGGGAGUGGUGCAAGAGAUGAGAGCAACUCCUAUAAACACACUUAAUCCACAAAGAACAGCAAUGGUGGUGGCUGAUUUUAUCAAGAGCGGAAAGGUUUCAAGCCCAGCUGAGCUAAGAUACAGAGAAGAUCUUCUGUUCCCUAACCGGUUAAUAGUAGAAGCGGGAAGCGUGAAAGUCGGGCAACCACUUCGCAGGGUUUUGAGCCCACGGCGUGUCGAAGAGCUGAGGUCUAUUUUCCCAAACGAGAAAUUUCUGCUCACCCAAAAAAGCGACAAGGCGUACAUGGUUCUUGAGCAGAGCGCAACCGGGGAGGAUGCGCUGAGGGGGUGGCUGGUCGCUGCCUUCGCUUCGGAGAUGGAGAGAUCAGGCGCUGGACCACGUGACACGGUCCUGAACGACGCCUAUCAGAAGAUGGAGAGCGUGUUCCCCGUGUUCGUUUCGGAAGUCAAGAGCAGGGGCUGGUACACAGGCCAGUUCUUGGAUGGAAAUCACAGUCGGAUCGCGUACGCGAAAUCUGAAUGA